UUAAAAUAGUUUACAACUAUAUUUAUUUACUAUGGAGUUACUCCUUCUUGUGCCCAUACUCUGCGUUAUUCUGAUACCCGGUUCCUUCAUUUGGUGCGCCAUAUGCCAGAUGUAUAAGAAAAAACCUCAAGCAAGCGAUGUGGAAAUAGGCGGUGGGGCCAGCGGAUUACGACACGGGAAUUUGGUUCUGUUGGCCGGCGCUGGAGCAGCUGCCGUCGCCGGUGGUGCAGCGGCAGUGGUUGGUAGUAGUGAUAGGGACAAAGGUUAUAAUAAUAACACUAGUGGUGGUGCUGCUGCUGCAGCAACUGGAACCAGCACUACUGCAGAUGCUGGUACAUCGUCGUCCCAGGGUUGUUGUUGCGGUGGUGGUGGUGGUGGUGGUGGUGGUUGCGGUGGUUGUGGUGGUGGUGGUGGUUGCGAAAAAGUGAAUUGUGGUCACGUGGACCUUUUAUUCAUUCAUAUCCACAAAUGUCACCAUCCAAACAAAACAAAAUACCAAAAGAAAAUACAGAAGGAACUUUGCAAAAUACAUUGGUUAGUCCAGAUCUACAACUAUGGUGGUUUUGAGAAACCUUCUUCUUUCACUUCAUCUCAGCCCCUUCAGCUUCUUUCCAGUCACCCUUGGCGGCGAUUGACCAGAAUACCAACGACCCCAGCAUCACUCAGAUCCAGCUCACUGGUGACGCGGGAGUUCUCAGUUCACAAAGAUAUUAUGAUCCUUAGCAUACUUUGCAGCCUCCUUAUCGACUGUAUCGUCCACUUUUAAGUCAAAACUACGGACGGAAUUGUCUAAUAAGUAUGUUU